AUGAGCUUUAGUCGUCCGCAGCGGUUACCACACAAGGCGUUGCGGCGCUCGUUCUGCACCUCCUCUCUGCGCACUGACCGUCAUCAAACGCGGCACAACCGAAACAGCUUUCCACGCCGCGCCUUGCGUGUGACUCACUUCACGCAGUGCCUGCUGCCUGGCAACGCCGAUGUCGACUGCAAGAUGGAGGAGGUAACCACCCCUUAUUCUGUCACCACGUGCACGACAGAGACAUUCGUCAACUUUGUGAAGGCCUCAGGCAGCGACUCCGAGUACUCGGAGUACGACCUCGUGAACGAGCAGAUGCAGGACUUCCUGCUUGACUCAGAGGACACAUCCGACGCCGACGCCGACAUGGGGGACAUGCUCGGCAUGGGGGCUGUUUUUAUGAGCGGCUUCAUGCCCACAGGCUGGGAAGAUGCGCACCACGCUCGUGUGUGGCGGCACUCCACGAAGCCUGACCGCCGGCGGAUGGCGAAGAAGUCGGAAAGCUGCGCGUCCCUCACGAACGCUGCACGGCCGUCACCGAGUCCGAGCACUACCAUGUUGAGUGACUUGGACACCGCCGUGAAGGAUGCAGUGGCAAUGGGUGGGACCUCGCAGCGACACAGCACCCGCAGGCAGCGACGGGCGAUGGCAAGAGGUGAGCAACGUUGGCUUGUGCCUGCUCUCUCCGCUAUCGCUGUUGACACAGCUGAUGGUGGAGGAGAUGAACGGCGGCAGUUACCGUGGUUCACUGUUGUGUUUGAUCUGGAUGAGACGCUUGUCGGCGCUCGCGACGGCCCCAUUCAUCUGCGUCCCUACGUUGGCGAGCUGCUGCGGUCACUGCACCGGCUCCCUGUUGAGAUCAUUGUGUGGACUGCCGGUUCAGCGCACUACGUGAAUCCCAUCCUUCAUGCGAUCGGGCAAGCCUGCGGACGACGGCAGUGGUUCCAUCACAUUAUUAGCCGACACAAGCGCUGGUACCGCGGCUCCAACAUGUGUGUAAAGGACCUCAGGCAGCUCGGUCGUUCCCUGGACCGUCUUGUCAUGAUAGAAAAUAACCCCAUCUCCGCCCUCCCGCAGCCCUCGCUGUGUGUGCUGCUCGAAGACUACCUGCGACCCAAUACCGCAGACAAGUCAUUGUUGGUUCUAAAGGAGGUCUUUGAGCGACUUGCGGUCCAGUACGCGAGGGAAUCGCGCACCACAUCUCUGACUGACACUACUUGCGGUCCAGUACGCGAGGGAAUCGCGCACCACAUCUCUGACUCACACUCGUAA